AUGACGUCUGCUACAACCAUGCAGGCAUUGAACUACCUCGGGCCUUACAAGGUUCGUGUUGAAGAGGUAGAAAAGCCAAAGUUGGAGCAUCCCGAUGAUGUUAUUGUCAAGGUCACCACUGCUGCGAUCUGUGGGUCAGACUUGCACAUGUAUGAAGGACGAACGGCCGCAGAGCCAGGAAUCACUUUCGGACACGAGAAUAUGGGAAUCGUUGAAGAGCUUGGAGAGGGAGUCACAUUAUUGAAAAAGGGCGACCGCGUUGUGAUGCCUUUCAAUGUUGCCGAUGGACGCUGCCGCAACUGCGAGGAAGGAAAGACGGCUUUCUGCACUGGUGUCAAUCCCGGAUUCGCAGGUGGCGCAUACGGCUAUGUUGCCAUGGGUCCUUAUCGCGGAGGCCAGGCGCAGUAUAUUCGUAUCCCAUAUGCCGACUUCAAUGCUCUGAAACUCCCUCCCGGCAAGGAGCACGAGUCUGAUUUCAUUCUUCUUGCAGAUAUUUUCCCCACCGGCUGGCAUGGUGUCGAGAUUUCUGGGUUCAAGUCGGGUGAAAGCGUCGCUGUCUUCGGCGCCGGCCCUGUUGGUUUGAUGGCGGCGUACUCGGCUGCAUUGCGAGGAGGAGCGAACAUCUACGUGGUUGAUCGUGUCGCCGAGCGUUUGGAAGCUGCGAAGAAGAUUGGGUGCAUUCCGAUUGAUUUCACAAAGGGUGAUGCAGUUGAUCAGAUUAUUGCGCAUAACGGAGGUGAGGUUGACAGGUCCAUCGACGCUGUCGGUUACCAAGCAGUUGGCUCCGAUGGAUCUUCCGAGAAGGCCAACAUUGUCCUUGAGAAUAUGAUCCGGGUGACUCGUGCUUGUGGUGGACUGGGAAUUCCAGGUCUCUAUGUCCCCAGUGACCCUGGUGCUGCCGACCCUGCCACUGCGAAUGGAAUGAUCAGUCUGAGCUUUGGAAAGCUUUUCGAGAAGGGCCUUUCGAUCGGUACUGGACAAUGCAACGUGAAAUCAUACAACAGAUACCUGAGAGACCUUAUAAUCGCCGGGAAAGCGAAGCCCAGCUUCGUAGUAUCACACGAGCUAGGAUUAGCCGAUGCGGAGAUGGCAUACGAUAAGUUUGACAAAAGAUCUGAUGGGUUCACCAAGGUUUUACUGCACCCCAACGGAGGUUUCUGA